UAGAUGGCAUAACUCAUAACUAGAGUCCAUCUAUUAAAUCGUAAAUCAGGUCAAGAAAAAAAAAGAUAGCACACCAUGAGUGGCUACUCCAAAAUGGAUUCAGCAGAUCAGAAACCCAACCCGGUCGAUCACCAGACACAGAAACCAGAUCCGGAACCUGCUGGGAUGAAACCUAGGCUGAGCAGGAACAGGUCGGUGGCUGCAUCAGAGCAUCCGAAUCACUCACCAAUGAAGCCUGCUGUGUCUAUGAUGAGAAGAUCUUCGUCUGUCAGCUCUGCCACCACGUGGCCUCUUCCUUUCAACGAAGGAGAUGAUAAAGAGAAGGUCCAUGAGAAGAAGAAGGGCAACAACAUCAAGAAAAAAGCAUUCGUUAAGGCUUGUAAGCGAUUCUUUGGGAUCUCUUAAAUGUUUUUCCUCUCUAGUCUCUAUCUACCAUAUUAUAUAGAUCUGAAUGUUUUUUUUUCCGUUAAAAGUCUUAUCGCUUUUUAUGAAACGUUUAAUACAAGAACAUGUUCCUUAUAUAACUGUUAUCGUCUGUUUUGAAUAUUCGAUCUGUGAUUUUGACUUAUGUCCCUUUUUUUU